AUGAAUAUCUGUAGUUGGAAUGUGAGGGGUAUGAAUGACCCCAGCAAGGUUGGAGAUAUUAAGAAUUUUGUUAAUAUCAAUAAAAUUAGUGUAGUUGCUCUCAUUGAGACUAGGGUUAAGCUGAAGCAUAGUAGCAAGAUUCAGAAUAAGUUUGGGGCUCAGUGGCAUUGGGUCUCUAAUUAUGAUCAUUCUGAUAGGGGGAGAAUAUGGAUUGCAGUGUAUGGUCUUCAUUCAAUUGAAACCAAGAGAUCAUUGUGGAGAGAAUUGGGUAGCUUAAGUGCUCUUAACAAUCUAGCUUGGCUGGUGAUGGGGGAUUUUAAUUCUGUUCUCUACUCUGGGGAUAGGGUGAAUGGCAAUUUUGUCACUAAUGCAGAAACUAUUGACUUUGAAACCUGUUUGAGUCAGACUGAUCUCACAGAGCUCAAAAGUUGUGGGCAUUUUUAUUCUUGGUAUAAGGGGCAUGAGGUGCAUAGAAUUAGUUCAAGAAUUGAUAGAGCCUUUGGCAAUUCCUGUUGGCAUGGUACUUACUCUGAUGUGGUGGUUGAUUACAUGAAUCCUGGGUUAUCAGAUCACACCCCUCUGGCGAUGAAUUAUAAGAAAGGUUGGGAGAAGAAUCAAGCAACUUCAGCAAUGCAGAAUAUAUGGAACAAGCUUAAAGCAGUUAAAGUAGAGCUUAAAGCUCUACACAAACAGGAGUUUGCUCAGUUAGAAAAUAACAUUGAGAAAUGCAGAAGGGACCUGGUGGUGGCUCAAUCUAUCAGCAUUGCUAAUCCUGAUGAUAAUGUUGCUCAGGAGAAGGAGAAAGAGUGUGUGGCAAAACUCAAAUUGUUUCUGAAAGUUCAAGAAAGUGCAUAUCGGCAGAAGUCUAGAAUUCAAUGGCUCCAGCUUGGGGAUUCUAACUCCAAAUUCUUCUUUAGUGCCAUGAAGGAGAGGUAUGCCAUUAAUAGCAUUGAUGUUUUAUAUGAUGAUCAAGAUACAAAGCUGACAAAUGAGACUGACAUUCAGGCUGAAAUCAAAAAAAUUUAUGAAAAACUGAUUGGUUCUGCUGCAACGUCUCUAACUGACUCGCUCAUUAUUCCAAUUUCUGACUUGGAAAUUGAUACUGCUAUUAAGGGAAUCAAUGUGAAUAAAGCUCCUGGUUUGGAUGGUUUUAAUAGUCUCUUUUUUCAUAAAACCUGGAGUAUUGUGAAAGCUGACAUUUAUAAUGAAAUCAGAGAAUUUUUUGAUACUGGUGUUCUGCUGAAGCCAAUUAAUAAUACUGCAGUAACCUUGAUUCCAAAGAUUCAGAAUGCCUCUACUGUGAAAGAUUUUAGACCCAUAGCUUGUUGCUCUGUGGUUUAUAAAAUCAUUUCAAAGAUCUUAACAGCAAGAAUGCAAGGUGUAAUUGGGAAAGUGGUUCACUGUGCACAAGCAGGAUUCAUUAUAGGAAGAAAUAUUGCAGAUAACAUUCUUCUUGCCUCAGAGCUAAUCAAGUGUUACUUCAGGAAGAACAUUUCCCCCAGGUGUAUGAUUAAAGUUGAUUUGAAGAAAGCCUAUGACUCUAUAGAAUGGCCUUUCCUAGAAAGUAUGUUAGUUGAGUUGGGGUUUCCUGCAAUCUUUGUUAAAUGGAUAAUGCAAUGCCUUGGUUCUGUCUCUUAUUCUAUCCUAGUGAAUGAUGAUCUGCUUAUGUUUGCUAGGGAUGAUAUUCCUUCUGUGUCUGCUAUUUUUCAAGCCUUUACUAAAUUCUCAAAAGCUUCUGGUUUGGAAGCCAAUUUGCAUAAGAGUGAUGUGUAUGUUGCUGGUGUUUCUGAUUCUGCUGCUAGUCAAAUUGUAGAUACUUUGGGUAUAGCUAAAGGCUCAUUUCCUUUUAAGUAUUUGGGGGUCCCUCUUACAACCAGGAAACUUAGUUAUACUGAUUGCAAGCCUUUGAUUGAAAAAACAGUUGCUAGGAUCAAAAGUUGGGCUACUAAGUUUCUGUCUUAUGCUGGAAGACUACAAUUAGUAAGAUCAGUGUUGUUUGGGAUUCAACUUUAUUGGUGCCAGAUCUUUGUCAUGCCUAAAAAGGAUUUAACUAUUUGGAACAAGGCAGCUGUGUUGAAACACUGUUGGGAUUUGUCAAUGAAGCAAGAUAGAUUAUGGAUCAAAUGGAUGCAUACCUACUAUGUGAAACAUCAUAACUUCUGGACUAUGCAAGUUCCUAAUGGGCUUACUUGGUCCAUGAGGAAAAUUUGGGCAAAUAGAGAUGUGUUUGUGGAUUCAGGGGAUACUGGUCAGUUCAUCACACAUGGAAAAUACAGCAUUCAAAAGAUGUAUCUUCACUUGAGGCAAAAUGCAACUGCAGUUAGUUGGAAGAGAAUUGUCUGUAACAGUAAAGCUAGUCCAAAAGCCACAUUUAUUGUAUGGCUAGCACUUCAGAAUAGAUUAGCUACUAAAGAGAGAUUGCUAAAAUGGAAUAUGCAGAUUGAUGGUGGCUGUGUCAACUGUCAGACACAGACAGAACAAUUCAGACCUGGCAAAGAGAGGUUGAUUGGGCAGCAAAGAAGAGCAGAGGUACAAAGCCAAGGGACAAAGUCUGCAGUAUGGCAUUUGUGGAAACAGUUUACAAUAUCUGACUGCAAAGAAACUCUAAGGUGUGAUGAUCAGAUGAGGAAGUGUUUGUUUUAA